UUGAUUUCCCGAAUCGGUUAUCGUUUAUUCUCAUACGUGUCAUAUGUCUAUGGUUUAGUGAUGGGCACCAUCAUGGUUAUUCUUUUUCUUAAGCACUUACCGCCAAAAUAAAAAUGGCGUUUUCGAGACACGCGUGUCAGAUGCUCCACCGAUGUUGAUAAACAAAGAAUUUUCGUAGAAACGGCUAGAAAUACGUUGCUUAUCAAACGGCGAAACCGUGUGUCGAUGUAUCAUCGAUACAAAAUUUGUACAAAUCACGAAACGGUGUUAAAUAUUCUGCAACUACGGCGGAGUGUCAAAACGGAAGUGACAACGUCGAACGUGACGUUGAGGUUAUGGACAACUUCGUCAAGAUCGAAAAAAUAGGGGAAGGAACCUAUGGAGUGGUUUAUAAAGCCAAAGAUCUGAUAACUGGGAAGCUGGUGGCCCUUAAGAAAAUUCGUCUCGAGGCAGAAACAGAGGGUGUCCCUUCCACUGCUAUUCGAGAAAUAUCAUUGUUAAGGGAACUUACGCAUCCAAAUAUUGUUCAAUUAUUCGACGUGGUAGACGGCGACAAACACCUUUAUCUCGUUUUCGAGUUCUUACAACAAGACUUAAAAAAGUUGUUAGACUUCGUUAAAGGAGGAUUAGAUCAAGCUCUCGUCAAGAGCUAUUUGUAUCAAUUAUUGAAAGCAAUUGCCUUCUGCCACCUUCAUUGCAUUGUACACAGGGAUCUAAAGCCGCAGAAUCUGUUGAUAGAUCGGGAAGGCCACAUAAAAUUAGCGGAUUUCGGUUUAGCCCGGACGUUCGGCGUCCCUGUGCGGACGUACACCCAUGAAAUAGUAACGCUUUGGUACCGUGCGCCAGAGAUACUUUUAGGGACUAGAUUAUAUUCCAACGCAGUUGAUGUAUGGAGUUUAGGUUGUAUAUUCGCCGAGAUGGCAACACGACGAGCCUUAUUCCCAGGUGAUUCCGAGAUAGAUCAACUAUUCAGGAUAUUCCGCACUUUAGGUACACCUGACGAGAACAUAUGGCCAGGAGUAACGCAGCUACGUGAUUACACGUCGAUGUUCCCUAGCUGGGAGCCUCGAUCUCUAGACGAGGUUGUACCUUCCUUUGAUUCCGAUGCCAAAGAUUUGCUUUUGAAACUCUUGACUUAUGAUCCUAACCAGAGGAUAUCGGCAAAGAAAGCAUUAAGCCACCCUUAUUUUAACGGAGUUACAUUAGUUCCACCACCGCGGCCAAAGAAAUCUUGAUCACACGCACCAUUUUAAAAACUAACUAAUUUACUACCCAUUUUACCAUUAUAGUAUAACACUGCCGAUAACUGCCUGAAAUCUGAUAUCUCAUGUGGAAGGUGGCUUCCAAUCCUUACAUACUGAUCGUGUUCAUGUAACAAAGAUAUAUUUUGCUAUAAACAUUAAAGAUCACAUCUACAUGUUUGUAUUUUA